ACCAGGAGGGCGGUACACAGUAACAAAUAAAACUGGCUUUAUUGUUUUCCAUGUUGGGUUUGAGAGCGUAAGAACAAAGCUUUCAAAAGAGUUAUAGUUUAGUUUAGGCUUAGGAUUGAUCACGAGGUUUGACUCAAAUAUGGCCGCAGCUCCACCUCCUCGGCCAAUACCUCGAGGAAUGUGAGUAUUAAUAUGACCAGGUGGAGUGGAUUCAUUUAGACUGACAUAUUCUUCAUGUCUCAGGUUUCAGUGAGACAAAAUAAAUCAAUCUUAUUAUCUGAUAUUGAAUCAUUUACCAAUCCAGCUUUCGUUGAUAAAGAUCUGAUGUUUAAGAGCUAACAUUAAUACUAACAAACUAGUUCGUACAACGUGUCAUCCAACCCCGCCAGACAUUAGAGAAGUUUUCACUGGACAUGCAGCCGGUUCUGAUGAACUGUUAUUGACUUAUUGUUUUUUCCAUUUGUUCAUGAUCCCAAAAUAUCGGUUUUGGGAUCGGUUCCUGCAACUUGUUCUUCAUUUGGACAUGGGACAUGGGAAAUUGACCCAAGACUUGAAUUGGGACUUGUGAAACUUGAGUUAGAAUUUACCUUUCCUGACUUGGGACUUGUUGACCUUGACUUGGGACUUGGUUUAACCCCCCUGUCCCACUUCGGUCCCUCCAGCUCCCAGGACUCCCUGUGAGUCUCCGGCCCUGCCUCUGGCCCCGCCCCCUCCCCCCUCACUGGCUGAGACAGCAGGUCAGGUGACCCCGGUAGAGGGCAGGGCGUCGCCCUCUGUGUUUGACAGCUGGAGGACGAAGAGUCGCAACUCGUCCACCAUGACGCCUCGCCUUGCACAGGAGAAGCAGAUGCUGCUGGAGGAAGUGAAAGCUCAGAAGGAGCUUGUGUGGAUCCUCCACAAAGCCUUGGAGGCGUCUCAGCUAGAGAAGCGAACCUGUGCAGAGUUUUUGGCGGAGAAAGGCGAGCAGGAGCGCCUGGAGCUGCUGCGUCACCGCGAACGGCAGGCGGCUGACCUACGAGGCCAGCUGGAGGAGGCGAGGGCCGAGGCCGAGGCCACGAGGAGGAGCCUGGAUGACAGAGACGCUCAGCUAGCCGAGCUGCAGGAGAACAUCGGCAGGCUGACGGAGAAGAACAACACCAAGCAGCAGGUGAUCAUAAAGAUGUCCGAUCAGCUGACUUCCUGUUUGUCCUCCGGCGAAUGUUUGGACUCUCAGACCUUCAGACUGCUUCAACAGGACGUCGAGAACCUGACGGACGACAUUGAGGCGUAUAAAACUCAGAACAAGUUCCUGAACUCUGAACUCUACCAGCUGACCAAUCUGUGGAGGACGAGCUCCGAACAGGAAAAGAGUCUGAUGGUGAAGUGUUCCUACCUGGAGGCCAGUAACUGUCAGGUGGAGAGUCGUUACCUGGGCAUCCUGCGGCAGCUGCAGGAGACCAAAUCUCUGGAUCCUGUCCAGAGGGUGGUCGUACAGAAGAUGGUCGAGGACGCUCUAAAAGGAGAGCUGAAGAGCGUCUUCAGGCUCAACAUAGCCAGAGACUACGAUGAGUACGGCUUUAAAAUCAUCCAGGACUACGAGGUGGAGGACAUGAAGCUGCUGGCAAAGAUUCAGGCGCUGGAGAUACGCUCACACAACCUGCUGCAUCAGGAGGGUGUAGAGCGCCCCCUGUUGGGUCGCUGGGCUCAGUUCCUUGCCAGCAGGUCGGACGAUGACUUCUGUCCCUCACCGGAGCUCAAAGGUCUGCUGCGAGGCGGCGUCCCUCGGGUGUACCGGCAGCGGGUGUGGCUCUGGCUGGUCCGAGCUAGAACCAGGAGCACCAGAGAGCGUCACCCAGAGCGUUACCAGCAGCUGUGUGAGAAGAGUGUGAUGUCUCCUCAUCCGGCAUCCAGACAGAUCCAGCUGGACCUCCACCGCACCCUGACAACCAAUCAGCACUUCUCUUCGCCUUCUAGCCCCGCCCUACAGCAGCUCCGACGCAUCCUGUUGGCCUUUUCUUGGCAGAACCCUGCCAUUGGCUACUGCCAGGGCCUCAACAGGCUGGCGGCCAUCGCUCUGCUGGUCCUUCAGAGUGAAGAAGACGCCUUCUGGUGUCUGGUGGCCGUGGUGGAGGCCAUCAUGCCUCAAGACUACUACACCAAGAACCUGGUGGCCUCUCAGGCAGACCAGCGCGUGCUGAAGGACUUCCUGGCGGAGAAGCUUCCCAGACUGGCGGCUCACUUUGAGGAUCACAGCAUCGACGUUUCUCUCAUCACAUUCAACUGGUUCAUGGUGGUUUUUGUGGAGAGUCUGCCCAGCGACAUCCUGCUGCCGCUGUGGGACGCCUUCUUGUACGAGGGCACCAAGGUGAUCUUCAGGUACACUCUGGCUCUCUUCAAAUACAAAGAGAACGACAUCCUGAAGAUCCACGACGGUGUGGAGAUCUACCAGUACCUGCGCUUCUUCACCAAGACCAUCUCUGACAGCCGGAGGCUGACCAGUAUCGCCUUCAGCGACAUGAACCCGUUCCCCGGCCGCCUGCUGAGGAACCGGCGAGCCCUUAACCUCCAGCGCCUGCAGGCGGAGCUGCAGGCGCUGGAGCAGCUACAGAGGGAGUUCCUCACGCAGAGCGCCGAGCGGGAAGACAAGGAGCUUGACGGCAUGGCCAGCGAGGAUGACGAGGACCUCUGAUGGGUGAUAGCAUAAAAUGCUAACUUCCUGUGGAUGUUGAAAGUCACAUUGUAUUAUAAUAAAAAAUAAACCAGUUCACACUUUGUGAAUCUUUAAUGUUAUGUUGCUAUAAUACAUGCGUAGCAUAGGCUACGCCUCAGAGGCCAACAUCAACUGGGAACAAGUCCAACUUACUGCCGAGUAUCCGGACACAACUCUCACUUUGGGCUACAGGGAUUAGAUGGCCCUCAGAAGUGACCCCAUACUCUCACAGCACCUCCCACAGUAUCACACGGGGUACCUGC